AUGGAUCUCGAAGGACCUGCCCUGGCCCCCCCUCCCGGGGUGAAGCCGAAUUUCGACAAUCCACCGAAUGAGAAUGCUCUCGCGACCGGUGUCCUCACGGCCUGCGCGGUGGUCGCCACGUUGUGUUUCCUCAUGCGUGCUUAUGCUCGGGUGUGGUUGUUGAGGAAGGUUCAGCUGGAAGAGGGUCUGGUACUCUGUGCUUUUGGCUGCUACUGGGGCGCCAUAUAUGCCACUUUCCGCUUCAUCGAGUACCCUGGAUACUUUGUUCACCAGUGGAAUGUGCGGUUAAAGGAUAUGAUUCCCACGACUUACUACAUCUUCCUCUUCGGCGUCUUCUACACCAUCGUCCUCCCCCUCCUCAAAGUCGCCAUCCUCACCGAAUGGUGUCGCAUGUUCGCCCCCCGCGGCCACCGCUCCGAAGGCUUCUUCUGGUGGGGAUGCAUGGCCAUCAUCUUCGUCCAGGUCGGCUCCGGCAUCGCCAUCACCGUCUCCCUCAACCUGCAGUGCAUCCCCCACUCGGCCAUCUGGGACUUCACCAUCCAGAACCCGGACAAGUGCUUCGACCUGUACAAGCUGCAAGUCGCCUCCGCCAGCAUCCAGCUCAUCUCCGACGUCGCCAUCCUCCUCCUCCCGCAGCAGGUCAUCUGGACUCUGAAGAUGUCCUGGUCCAAGAGGCUGGGAGUGUCUGUCAUUUUCGGCCUCGGUCUCCUGGCCUGCGUCUCGGCCGCCUUCCGCCUCUCCACAACAAUCACGCACGGCCGCGCCGCAGACGCAGUCUGGACCCUCCCCCCGCUCGUCUUCUGGGCCACCGCCGAAAUGACCUGCGGCUUCUUCGUCGUCUGCCUCCCCUGCAUCCCCAAGAUCCUCAAAGAAACAGGCGUCAGCAAGAAAAUCGCCCGCGUCUUCGGCAUGCGCGGCGCCUCCACCACCGGCGCUACCGACGACCAGCGCAAGUUCAAGACCUACGGCACGGGCAACUCCUCCGUUAAUGGCUCCCGCAUUGCGGGCUCCACGGCCGCUAACGCUUACUAUAAGUUGGAUAAUCUGAAGUCCAGUGAGAGUACGGAGCAUUUGCAGGGGGAUGCGUAUAAUCCGGGUAUUAUGCGCACGACGAAGAUUACGGUUACGGAGGAUGCGAAUGCUGUGGAUAGGGAUCGCAAUCAUAGGAUGAUGUAUCCGUAG